AUGAAGUCCUCCAUAUUUCUCAUAUCAUCAAUAGCAUAUCUUACCUCCGCAAUACCCAUCUACUCACCACUUGAUUCUGGAAGCCUCGACUUCUCGUUGAAGAAUUACAUUUCGAAUGUCGCCAUACAAGAUGCCGUCUUGCGGAGGAUAGAACCUUUCUGCAACAAUCUAGACAACAUCACAAUGGACGCACAUGGCCUCCCACCUCCAUCCCCUGGACUCAAACUCUAUCACAUCGGUCUGGGACGAGGCACACAAAAUUACAGCUGUCCCACUGAUAAAGGCGAAACGGCCGCCCCAACGGCCCUCGGUGCCGUCGCCAAGCUCUACAAUGUCACCUGCUCCACAGGUUACUACGGCGUAGACAAAACCAAUAGCUUCACAAACCUGGUUGCGAAACAAAACCGGGACACGCACAUGGCGCUCUCCCUCCUGCAAUCCGGGAACCAUUUCUUUCCUGACCAAGGCUCCACUCCUGUCUUCAACCUGAACAUGGGCAACCCUGACCGCGAUUACGGCGUCAUGUUCUCUGCUAAGAAGGCCAACGUGACCGCUCCUGCAGAUGCUCAGACGGGCGAGGAUGGGAGCGCUGCGGUGCCGUGGCUGAAGCUCGCUGUGUCCAGUCCGCCACCAAGUCCGUAUACGGUCUUGCCGGCCGAUGCAGCAAGCGGGAUCAAGGAGAUUUAUCGGCUCAACACUGCGGGCGGCAGUGCACCAAAGACGUGCCAGGGGUUGUUAGGCCAAAGCUUUGAGAAGGAAUAUGCGGCUGAGUACUGGUUCUGGCAUUGA